AUGCUGGAUUUUAUGGACUAUAUCCAGCUCGCCUUUUCGGAGGCGACCAACUGGAACCGCGACAAUUCGUACUUGUCGCUGACUACUACGUCCCAGUCAAUUCUCGAUUUCUCUACUCCUGAGCGACUACGCGUGCGCCUGUCUUCUCUUUCGACGCCAUAUUUCGCCACUAGCUAUUCGCUCGGCACAGUAGGAUUACUCGAUGGAUCUGUAUCGUACCUCUUCAGUACGGUCCCCUUCAACAAUACCCCCAGUCGAAGUGCCUUGAUUCCUCUACGGAAUAUAUCGCCCGGUUAUCGACAAGUUCAAGCACCUGUUGCACCGGUGGAAACAUGGGGGUGGGAUUCACUUCUUGAUGGAGUCAGUUUCCCAGGGAUCAAGGAUGGAUCGCGUUUAGCAUCCCGGGACAAUAAGGAUGGAAACCAUCCCACAGAUGAAGCAGUAAAACGAAAAGCGACCCUGCUGCAUGCAUCAUUGCACCUCCCAUCUCCCACUACUCUUAAUGCACUAUUCCUGCGCAGAAUGUCUCCAACCAUGCAGUUAUGUCUGGCUGUCUGUUCCACCCAAGGACCACCACUGUCCAAGUCCGCGCCACAAGCAUCGAUGCUGGCUCAAUUAUCUCAUGACACAGGAAAAUACUGCAACGAGUACUUAUUUAGUACAGAUAAUGCCCUCUUUGGCUGGCGCGGUAUCUGGAACUUUGGACCAGACCCCAGAACUAAGCCCGCCAACGCCGCGCCUGCAUUAUCACUCCUAUCUGCCGGUGCAGAGGCAUAUUACUCGCCUACUUCUUCAUUGAUAGGCAUGUCCACAGGUCUGCGAUUCAGCACACUUCCAGCAGCGACUCAAGUACCUUCGUCUACAUCUACAUCUUCCUCAUCCAGCAGCCCCGCCCCUAUAUCCACUUUCCCUUACACAUUAACUGUCACACUUACUCCAAUUACCGGCUCUUUAUCAACAACUUAUUCUCUCCGUGCAUCGCCAAAUCUUGCUUUCAGCUCUCGCUUUGGUUUUAAUGUGUACAGCUGGGAAAGCGAAAUGGUUGCGGGUUGCGAGCUUUGGCGCCGAGCGGGCAAAUCUACUGCAUCCUCCUAUGAAGAUUUAGAAUGGGCUCGUCGCAAGGUACGUCUGCAUGAUUUCUCUGCCUCGAUGCCCGGUUCUCCGCCGGCCCCCCCACUCUCCGAUCCGAUUAAUCCCGAGCCCGUUCAAUCCAAUGAUGAUUAUAACGGCGUCGAGGCUGGUAAUUCAGUCGUCAAGCUUCGUGUUGAUCAGUCCUGGAACAUGCGUUUGCUCUGGGAAGGCCGUGUCAAGGAGCUUCUGGUCAGUGCAGGUGUCGGGUUGGGCCCUGGUUCAUUCUCUCUGGCGCCGAAUAUUUCGUCCUCAGGAGGCUGGUCAAUGUCUGGAGGUGGGACAUCAUAUUGGCGUGGGGUUGGGGUUUCAGUGAUGUACUCCUCCUAA